AUGCAUCAAAAGGUGACAGGGUGGGCAUUUUUAGCCCUUAUCUGCUCGUCGACAAUCCUUCACACGCUUGCAUACCCGCAGCAGCAUGCACCUCUUAUUUCUCAGGCCACAAGCAAUGUAAGAACUCAAAAUCCACAGUAUUACAGUAACUCAUUACCGGUACCUCACAGAGAGCAAAUCGCUGAGGAACGUAAAUUCGCCGAAAAGUCCAAUGCAUUGAAGAAAGUAGCACUCGACGACUUAGACGAUAUCCAAAACAAUUCUAUAUCGGACAGCGGUUCAUCAUGGUCAAACAUGUUAGGUAUGAUAAUGCAAAUGAUUUUCAACCCUGCCGGCGCAGUAGGACCAAACAAGAGUGACAAUUUGGACACAGAUUCACCCUCUCCAUCUCCAUGGACGUUUUUAUUCUCAAUGGGUCUCAAAAUCCUUACCGCUAUUCUAGGAGGGACAACAAACAACACUGGCAUUGAUAAAGUAGACAACGAAUCUUCUCCAAUGCAGAGUAUAUUGGCUGCGGUUCUGUCGACGGUGCUCGGUGCAAAAGAUCCCGAUCAAGUGGCCUCCAUGGCAAAGCAGGCUGGAGAGUUUAUCAACAUCGUUGUAAAUCUUCUGGAUGCUCUUAAAACAUCGUUCUCGCACCGAUCACUAGCCGCUAGAUCAAUGGGUAGGAAGGACUCUAUCAGUGACGCUGCUAUCGCCGGUAUCGCCAUGUUGAAGACAUACGUACGAUCCUUUAAAACUAAUGACGAAAAGUGCCUCCAAAAAUAUGUGUGUGAUGCCAAUAACGAAUGCUCCACAGAUAUUGGCCCUAAAAGUGUUUUCUGCCAGCUGGGAACGUACGCCGCCAGUUUUGUGCUGGAGAGACAAUCUGCUGGAACUUUCGAUCAAUUUUACGAAGCAGGGCGUCGCGGACGUUCAGGCGUAGACUGUCGCCAUCUUUACUUAGAGUGUAACGAGGUU